AUGAUGAGUAAAGUUGUACAAAUUCUUCUCGUGGCCGUGGUUAUGACAAUUGCCCUUGUCAAUGCGAAUCCAGAACCAGAAGCAGAUCCACACUUUGGUGGUCUGUAUGGAGGCUACGGAGGUGGUUAUGGAGGUGGCUAUGGAGGUUAUGGAGGCUUUAGACGUUAUGGAGGAUAUGGCGGUUAUGGAGGAUUCGGUGGAUAUCGGCCAUACGGAUACGGAUUCUAUGGUUAAUUGUCACCGUUAUUUUUGUGACUUAAGAUCGCCUUUGAUUUUGAUUGUAUAUAAUUUUUAA